GCCAGCACUCGCCUGCUGCAUCUUGUUUCUGAUCCUGCGGCAGGCAAGACAGAGACCCCAGUGUGCGAGGCCUGGAGGAAGUGGGUCAGCACAGGGCAGUGAAUGAGCCGGGCUGAGCCUGGCCUGGCCUGGCCCCUUAUGGAGCUGGGCCUGUUCUCCCUGCCGGCUCUCUUCUCCUCCCCUCACCCCCAAAAUAGCUCCUGAGCUGUCAGGCCAAGACCCUCCCAUCCUGGGGGGAGGCGGGGCAUGCUGCCCAGAGCCUGGCUUUAAAUCAGCAGGCUCCUGGGGAUUUCCACUCCCUGGCUGGAGGCACCACUGAGGCCGCCUGUCCACCGAUCCGCCAGUCGGUUAGGCCCACCCUCCCGCAGCCAUGUCCCGGCCCCUGACAGACCAGGAGAAGAGAAAGCAAAUCAGUGUGCGCGGCCUGGCCGGCGUGGAGAACGUGACCGACCUGAAAAAGAACUUCAACCGGCACCUGCACUUCACACUCGUCAAGGACCGGAAUGUGGCCACCCCCCGGGACUACUACUUCGCGCUGGCCCACACUGUCCGCGACCACCUCGUGGGCCGCUGGAUCCGCACGCAGCAGCACUACUAUGAGAAGGACCCCAAGAGGAUCUACUACCUGUCUCUGGAGUUCUACAUGGGCCGGACACUGCAAAACACCAUGGUGAACCUGGCCUUGGAGAACGCCUGCGAUGAGGCUGUUUACCAGCUGGGCCUGGACAUGGAGGAGCUGGAGGAAAUCGAGGAAGACGCAGGGCUGGGCAACGGGGGCUUGGGCCGGCUGGCAGCCUGCUUUCUGGACUCUAUGGCAACACUGGGCCUGGCUGCCUAUGGUUAUGGGAUCCGCUAUGAGUUUGGGAUUUUUAACCAGAAGAUCUGCGGGGGCUGGCAGAUGGAGGAGGCUGAUGACUGGCUUCGCUAUGGCAACCCCUGGGAGAAGGCCCGACCGGAGUUCACGCUGCCCGUGCACUUCUAUGGCCGAGUGGAACACACCAGCCAGGGGGUCAAGUGGGUGGACACACAGGUGGUGUUGGCCAUGCCUUACGACACGCCCGUGCCUGGCUACCGCAACAACGUCGUCAACACCAUGCGCCUGUGGUCUGCCAAGGCCCCCAAUGACUUCAACCUCAAGGACUUCAACAUUGGUGGCUACAUCCAGGCUGUUCUGGACCGCAACCUGGCUGAGAACAUCUCUCGUGUCCUGUACCCCAACGACAAUUUCUUCGAGGGGAAGGAGCUGCGGCUGAAGCAGGAGUACUUUGUAGUGGCUGCUACGCUCCAGGACAUCAUCCGCCGCUUCAAGUCCUCCAAGUUCGGCUGCCGUGACCCCGUGCGCACCAGCUUCGAUGCUUUCCCGGAUAAGGUGGCCAUCCAGCUCAAUGACACCCACCCCUCCCUGGCCAUCCCCGAGCUGAUGCGGAUUCUGGUGGACCUGGAGCGGCUGGACUGGGACAAGGCAUGGGAGGUGACGGUGAAGACCUGCGCCUACACCAACCACACGGUCCUGCCCGAGGCCCUGGAGCGCUGGCCGGUGCACCUCUUGGAGACGCUGCUGCCCCGGCAUCUCCAGAUCAUCUAUGAGAUCAACCAACGCUUCCUGAAUCGGGUGGCAGCCGCGUUCCCAGGGGAUGUAGACCGGCUGCGGCGCAUGUCCCUUGUGGAGGAGGGCGCGGUGAAGCGCAUCAACAUGGCCCACCUGUGCAUCACCGGGUCUCACGCCGUCAAUGGUGUGGCUCGCAUCCACUCCGAGAUCCUCAAGAAGACCAUCUUCAAGGACUUCUAUGAGCUGGAGCCUCAUAAGUUCCAGAACAAGACCAAUGGCAUCACCCCUCGGCGCUGGCUGGUUAUGUGUAACCCUGGACUGGCAGAGGUCAUUGCUGAGCGCAUCGGGGAGGAUUACAUCUCGGAUCUGGACCAGCUGCGCAAACUGCUCUCCUAUGUGGACGACGAAACCUUUAUCCGGGAUGUGGCCAAAGUGAAGCAGGAAAACAAGCUGAAGUUCUCUGCAUAUCUCGAGAACGAAUACAAAGUCCGGAUCAACCCCAACUCACUCUUCGAUGUCCAGGUGAAGCGGAUUCAUGAAUACAAACGCCAGCUCCUCAACUGCCUCCACAUCAUCACCCUUUACAACCGCAUCAAGAAGGAACCCAAUAAGUUUGUUGUGCCUCGAACGGUGAUGAUUGGAGGGAAGGCUGCCCCUGGGUACCACAUGGCCAAGAUGAUCAUCAAACUCAUCACGUCCAUUGGGGAUGUGGUCAACCAUGACCCGGUGGUGGGAGACAGGCUCCGCGUGAUCUUUCUGGAGAACUACAGAGUCUCGCUGGCCGAGAAAGUGAUCCCGGCCGCUGACCUCUCUGAGCAGAUCUCCACGGCGGGCACUGAGGCCUCCGGCACUGGCAACAUGAAGUUCAUGCUCAAUGGGGCUCUGACCAUUGGCACUAUGGAUGGGGCCAACGUGGAGAUGGCGGAAGAGGCAGGAGAGGAGAACUUCUUUAUCUUCGGCAUGCGGGAGGAGGACGUGGAAAAGCUUGACCAGAGAGGGUACCACGCCCAGGAGUACUAUGACCGGAUCCCUGAGCUGCGCCAGGUCAUCGAGCAGCUGAGCAGUGGCUUCUUCUCCCCCAAGCAGCCCGACCUGUUCAAGGACAUUGUCAACAUGCUCAUGCACCAUGACCGGUUUAAAGUCUUUGCGGACUUUGAAGACUAUAUUAAGUGCCAGGAGAAAGUCAGCGCCCUGUACAAGAACCCGAGAGAGUGGACACGGAUGGUGAUCCGGAACAUAGCCACCUCCGGCAAGUUCUCCAGCGACCGCACCAUUGCCCAGUACGCCCGGGAGAUCUGGGGCGUGGAGCCUUCCCGCCAGCCCCUGCCGGCCCCUGAUGAUCUGGUCUGAGCCUCCGGACCAGACCCCAAACCUGCUUUCCCCGACCCCCACCCCCACCCCCACCUCAGCCUGUUUGCAACCCCUUGGGCCAGCCCCAGCCCCUCCCGCAGAGGGUGGGGAACUGGAGUUAGUUCUCUCAGCCUCUUCCUGAAACUCUCACUGACUCCCAGGCCGAGGUCACACCGUCCAUUGUGACCGAGGACACUGCUCCCAUCCUGCCUUCGGGCUUCCUGCCCCUCCUAUUUAUGGGUCUGACCAACCGUACACCCUCCUUCCCCCCAAUAAAUUGAUUCUCCUUGGGAGCCUCCUU